AGAGCGUGUGGGCAGUUCCUCCCCAGGCGAGCAGUCGGACAGGUCCUGGAGUUUGAGAGUUAGAAGCUGAGGAAAUAUCUGGGAGUGGACAAUGUUCGGGAAAUCUUACUUCCUCCUGUCACUUCUCCAAGGGAUAUCGCGUGUUGGAAUCUGUUUGAAAGGAAUAGAUGGGAACCCACAGUCUAAAUGGUCUAUAGCCUUUCACUCCGAGGGUCACAGUGACAGGGAUCAAAGAUUCCACCAUCGGACCCGGCUGUCUGGAGACCUGAAAGAUGGCGACUGUUCCCUGAUUAUAAACAACAUCAGACGGGAAGAUGCAGGACCUUAUUUUUUCAGAACAGAAUUUGACAAUGGUCCGAGCCAUAACUAUUACCCUGUAACCCAGCUUCACGUUUCUGUUGGACUGUCACAAGAGUGGAAAGGUGACACUCCACGAGAGGUGACAGCGCAGGAAGGUUCGUGUGUACAGAUUCCGUGUCAUUACAGUUAUCCAGCACAUUUUGAAAACAAACGACGAGUCGGAAUCUGGUUAAAUAAGGAGAAAUACAAAUUGCCGGCUUCCAUAGCCUUUCACUCCAAGGAUCACAGUCACGAGUUACCACGGUUCCACCAUCGGACCCGGCUGUCUGGAGACCUGAAAGAUGGCGACUGUUCCCUGAUUAUAAACAACAUCAGACGGGAAGAUGCAGGACAUUAUUUUUUCAGAAUAGAAUUUGACAGCAGGAAUAGAUACAACUACUAUCCUGUAACCCAGCUUCACGUUUCUGAUUUCACAGAAAAACCCACGAUAUUCCCUACUGAAAUUAUUGCAGGAAAGCGUGUGGAUGUAAGCUGCACCUUCAACACAACGUGCAAUGGAACAGCAGCACCUGUCUUAACCUGGGACACUCCCACUGACGUACCUGGAUCAGUCUCAAACACUGUAACUCAGCAUGGUGUCACUCUGACCUAUACUUCUGUUCUGACUCUGAUCCCAUCAGUCAAACACCACGGACACACUCUCAGCUGCAGAGUGAGAUAUCCAUCUGUUUCAUCGGAGCGGACCCUCGUACUAACUGUGCUAUACGCACCACAGAAUCUCUCAAUUGCUUCUCUUGAUGUGAUUAAUGCUUCAUCAAUCAAUAUAAUUGAGGGGAAUUCUGCAGUGAUAAUCUGCUCUGUCGAGAGCUUCCCAGCUUCUAACCUGACGUGGCGACAUCUUAAUGUCCCAAUGAACAGAACAAGUUCCAACAAUGAGCUGUGGUUGGUGAUUCCUCACGUUACAUCCAGGGACACUGGAGAUUAUCAGUGUGUGGCAGAGAAUGAACAUGGAGCAGUGGAGGGGUUCAUAACCAUCACUGUGGAAUAUCCCCCACAGGAGACCAUGGUGUCCAUCAGCAGAUCCUCAGGUGGGAUAAGAGAGGGAAGCAAUAUCACAUUAACCUGCUCCAGUGAAAGUGUCCCACCGAUAUCUCAUUACACCUGGUUCAGGAUCGAGGGGAACACCAGCACCCAGUUAAACACAAGUAGCCGCUCUCUCUCCUUCACCCCUGUAACACGGGAGAAUGAUGCAGGUUUCUACUGCACAGCGAGGAACCCAGUGGGUAACAGCACCUCCAACAUCACCCACCUGAACGUACAAUAUAAGCCGGAGAUUUCCCAGCAGUCGGAGUGCACUCGGAGGUCAGAGAGGGUCACCUGCGUCUGUGUGGCCGACUCCAACCCACCCGGAGACCUCACCUGGCAACUGCCCAGUGCCAACAUCAGUGGUAACCAAACACACGGAGGUUUUGUGUCGUGGCAGGUCAGAGAUGGGCAUCUGGUGACUGGUUCCCUCACCCUGAUGAGACCCCAGGAUGAGGGAGGUGUGAUGGCAUCCUGCUCGGUUCAAAACCCACAUGGGGAAACCAAGUUCAAGAUGUAUCUGUGGGUCAAAGGUAGAGACUCCAGUAAAUGGAAAGUAGGAUUGCUCACGGCUGGGAUCAUGUUGAGUGUUUUACUGGCUGAAAUCUUCAUCUUCAUCUGUGUGAGAAAGAGAAAGACAGCGAUGGAGGAGAGGGUUUCAGGGACCAGUGACAUUGCAUUGACCCCCAGUCCACUCUCUGUGAAGCACCAGGGUAAACAGAACGUGCUGAUUACUGAGCCCCAGAACACAAACAGAGACACAACUGGCGAGGGGCAGACCCCAGCUCCCCGGGGUAUCUCUGAAGGUGCAGUGGGAGGCGAUGUUGUACAUGGGAACCCCAACAAAACUGAAGAGUUUCUAUACGCCAAUCCCCAAGUCUUGAGGAUGUCCAGUGGUGAUGGGUCUGUCCACAGGGAAGAGGAGACAGAAUACGCACAGAUCAGGAGAAAGACAGCGAUGGAGGAGAGAGUUUCAGGGACCAGUGACAUUGCAUUGACCCCCAGUUCACUCUCUGUGAAGCACCAGCGUAAACAGAACGUGCUGAUUACUGAGCCCCAGGACACAACCAGAGACACAACUAGUGAGGGGGAGACCCCAGCUCCCCGGGAUCUCUCUGAAGGUCCAGUCGGAGGCGAUGCUGGACAUGGGAACUCCGACAAACCAGACGAGCUUCUCUACGCCAACAUCAACUUUUCAAAGCUGCCCAGCGGUGACAGGACUGUGCACAGGAGCGAGGACACGGAAUACGCACAGAUCAGGUUCCAGAAAAACUGAGUGUGAAACAGGGACCGAGGCUGUGGGGUGUGUGCAGCCAACAUGGCCAAAUAGUAAUGAACAGAAAUAUGAUGUUGCUGAACUUUUUUUUUAUCUGUUCUGAGUGAGCUUUCUGAAUGCUGCACAUUUUUCCAUGCUGUCAAAGAUUGUGAGAAGCUUAUGAAUUAUGUGUAAUGUUACAUCUGUUAAUACAGGGUGAGGUGAGAGUGACUGCCUUUGACAUCAAGGCUGCAUUUGACCGAGUGUGGCAUCUAGGAUCCCGAGCAAAACUGGAGUCAAUGGGAAUCAGGGGUGCGACGAAAGUAUAAUAAUUUACAUAAUAUUUUCCUGGUGUGUUGUAAACUAGGUUUAUGGGUGUGAGUGUAGAUGGGUCUGUCUGUGUGGCUUAAUUAUAUCUGGAGUCAGGUAGACUGCAAGUUUGAGAUUAUCAAAAGAAGCUAGGUGUAGAAAUGUACAUGAAAUGCUAAUGAGUGAACAUGGAGGCUGUAAUGUGUGAAGGGAAUUUGCAUUUUUAGAUAAGUGACGGGAUUGUUUGAAUUUCAAAGGGCUGUUGGUCUGUUUACAACGAGGCCGAUAAGUAAGGUUAAGCAGUGUUUUUAUUUUUCCCCAAAGGUUAUUGACAACAUUGGCAGCAUUAAAAUUUUUAUAUUAUGGGAAAUGUAUAAUUCCAAAGACAUAUGGAACAAUGAAAUUUACAUAUCAAAGAGAGAGAAACAUAAACAAAGGAGAAUGAAAGGCUAUUUUGGGGACCAUGUAAAAUCUAACAAAAGUGUGUGAAUCAGCCUUGAAGAAGCCUCCAGGCAUUUGUCCAUAGGUCUGUUAUGUUCAGUGACUAUAGAUCGAGAAAGCCAUUUGGAAUUCCACUCUCAAGUGUGUACUGUGUUAACUUGCUGGUUAUGUUUUUAAAUCUGAAAUCUAUUUUGGACUGUUGCCUUAAACGGGGUUGUACUGCUCACCUCCCGA